UCGAGUAGCAUUCCUGAUAUCAACCGAGUCAUACAGGUCUCCUCUGCAUUUUCAAUAUCACGUCUCGGGGACGUCUCCGAACGCACUUGAGUCCGGGCACAGACAUCCUCUACUUAGACCGACUCCCGUCUCCCGAGGACUUCAUCUUACGAUGCCGCCGGCAACGCUUGUGCAACGCGCUUGCAGUAUGGCAUUGACUCAACCUCCACCUUCACCGUGUACGUCCACCCUGGCAGGCACUUUCUCCUUGAUUCCGGCCAUACCCCGUCUACGUCGGACUCCUGGGUUGCCUCAAUCCCUACUUACGACGCCACACGAGUCGCAGUCAUACCUUGGCUGGUCAGAAUCGGAAAUGCUAGCUGCAUGAGCGAGUAACCUGUUUUGUCUAUAGCCUGAUAUGUGGUGCGAUGCCUCUCCACGUCAGCUCGACCGGUCUCGCACUGUCAGCAUGAGGAAUCGAUGUCUUUGUACUCAGAGGUCCCGUUUGCUGCGGUGCAGGCUGUUCCUUGUCGCGCCCGUCGGCGAGGCAGUCCUUGACGUCGAAGACCGUUGCGUGUUCUGACUUCACUUACCCCUUGGGAUACUCCGCCU